GAGACCGAUCUGGUGUGUUUAAGUCUGAUGUCAUUUUCAGCUUCAGGACAAACAGAACAAACAGAUUUCUGUCUCUGAAAUGUUACAGAAGCUGCUUGAAGACGCGCGUCUGCAGGGAUGGAGCAGCAUUCUUCAGAGAGCAGAAAAGACUUUUUAGCUGAAAGUUUGGAUUUUAUUCCAUUUUAAAUCCGUUUAUUUGUCAAUUUAUGGCUUAAAAAAUAGAAGUACUUUGUUGUCAGUCUGUAUUAUACCCAUGAGGUCAUUGUGAUGCUACAAAUGUAAAAAAUCCGGUGAUGUAAAGGUGAAACCCCGCCUCCAGUGGGCAGAGCCACGCCCCCUCUCCACGCGCUCCUCCCCCUGAUGCUCAUCCAAAAGGCGCUGCGGCAAAAUGUCAUUCCAGAGAGUGGGCUGAAGGAGGACAGACUCUCCUCUGCUGCUGCUGCUGCUGCUGCUGCGGUCACUCCGGGUCCUCCUCCUCCUGUUCUCCUCCUGUUCUCCUCCUGUUCUCCUCCAUUCCUCCUCAUCUCUGUCUUUAAGGAACACUAACAUCUCAGGAUCUCCUGGAAGAAGAAGAAUGGAGCAGGAGCAGCAGUCCAUGAUGUGACCUUCUCCAUCCCCACUUCCCGCCUUUUCCCACACUUUUCCUCCCGGUGCCGGCGCGUAAACCCCCCUCCCCCUCCCGGCCGUCACUUUCAGAACUUUUGGGUCCUCCGGUCCCGCAGGAGCCGCCAUGGACGUCCUGAAGAGUCACCUGUUGGGGGUGUCGGUGGCCGUGGCGCACGGCGUCUUCUCUGGAUCUCUGAACAUCCUGCUGAAGUUCCUCAUCAGCAACUACCACUUCACCUUCCUGACCCUCAUCCAGUUCCUGACCAGCUUCACCGCCGCCGUCACCCUGGAGACCCUGCGGAGGCUGGGGAGGGUGCAGAUCCCCGCCUUCAACAUGCAGCUCUCCAAGGAGUUCGCCUCGGUGUGCAUCCUCUCCACGCUGCAGUCCACCCUCACGCUCUGGUCUCUGCGUGGGCUCAGCCUGCCCAUGUACGUGGUCUUCAAGCGCUGCCUGCCGCUCUUCACGCUCAGCAUUGGCGUGUGCGUGCUGCGGAACGGCCUGCCGUCUCCAGGGGUGGUGACGGCGGUGGCCAUCACCACUGGGGGGGCCGUGCUGGCAGGUGCCGGUGACCUGACUGGAGAUCCAUUUGGUUACGUCACCGGUGUGUUGGCGGUCAUCAUCCAUGCUUCGUAUCUGGUUCUGAUCCAGAAGACCAGCCUGGACAGCGAGUACGGCCCCCUGACCGCGCAGUACGCCAUCACCAUCAUGGCGUCUCCGGUGCUGCUGGUGUGCUCCGUCAUCUCCAUGGACGCCUUUAACAUGUGGUCGUAUGAAGGCUGGAAGGAUCCUCCCAUCCUGAUCAUCUUCAUCCUCUGCAUCUUCAUCGGCUGCGCCAUGAACUUCACCACGCUGCACUGCACCUACAUCAACUCCGCCGUCACCACCAGCUUUGUGGGCGUGGUCAAAAGCAUCGCUACCAUCACGGUUGGCAUGCUGGCGUUCAAGGACGUGGCUCCGACCCGGCUCUUCAUCGGCGGCGUGGCGGUGAACACGGUGGGCUCCAUCACCUACUGCGUGGUCAAAUACUUUGAGAGCAAGAAGAAGAGCUUGUAUGAGGAUCUGGAGAAGGCGGGGAGUGAUGCCCCGCCUCCUGGCGAGCCUUACAAAGAGAAGCCUCCUCUGAACGGAGAUGGGCCGAACCCUGGGUCUGAACCAGAACCGCAAACUGCAGUGGGUUCAGGGGGGAGCGUGGUGGAGGAGGCGGAGACUCCUCAUCUACCGAACGGAGAAUUACAGACAGGAAACGUGGAGCAAGGAGACGCAGAAGGAGGUCUGAAACCGGUAGUCAUGACAGAGAAGGAGGUCCUGGAGAUGCAGCGGGAGCACAUCCAUAAGGAGAGCGCCGCCGCCAGCCAGCCGGUCGGCGACAGCUUGGCAGGAGUGUGGCGGUCCGUUAGAAACCUGCAGUUCUCAAAGAAGGAAACGUUGGUUGAUAACAUGGAGGUGGAGAGUCCUUAGAGCGCCGGACCGCAGGAAAGUUCAGAAACCAGACAGCGACAGACUGGACCUCGAUUUGUAACCAAUGCCUGAUGGUCACGUUUGCUGCUGCCUCGGCGGGGAGCGUCCCGGCGCCUUCUGCAGGAGGAUUUCUAGUUCUUUUGGGGGAACCGCGCGGACGCCGGCGCAGCAUGAUGCGGUCUGCAGUCACGAGGACGAUCCAGAUCGGGGUGAAAACGCCAUCAGGGAGCUGUCUGCUUCAUCUCUUUGUAACUGGCUGUGGGAAUGUGAGACACUGUGUUUGCUCGGCUUUUUGUGUCCAAAAAAAAAACUGGAGAUCAGCUUCAACUUCAUCAGCAUUUUUAAUACUUGAUGGAACUUUUGAUUUUACGUUUGACCCGGUGGUGGAAUGUAACUCUGUGAGUCCAAAUGAGAGUGAGUUUGAAUUUCUGGGCCUUCAACAGUUUGGAGGAAAUGGAUUUUUGUAAAAGAGGUGAUUGAUACGUCCUCUUCUCAUAUUCUGAACGGUUUCUGGUCCCACCUGGUUAUGAGGAAAGAGAAAAAACAUCAUUUUAUUUCUAAAAUGUUCCACUCAUCGUCAGAGUUUUACAGAAUUCUGAAGUUCCAGGGAAACUGGUCACAAAAUCAAAAUAAUUUGGAUGUUUUCCUUGAUGAGUCGAAGGGUUUCUUCACUGCUUGAAAUGAAAACAUCCUCGUCUGUUCUUCCAUUGGUGUCAGAAUCAGAUCUCACACUGUGAUACCGAACGGCAUCCAUGACAAAUACUGACUGAAUGCAAACGUGAAUUAAAUAUUUGCCAGAA